GUCUGUUGUGAGCUACAAGACGAGCUAAUUUGUUGUUAGCGGUAAGUUUUUCCCCACUCUUUAUAGCUGAACCAUUGACCAUGAAGUUGACAAUUUUCUUGUGUUUUCUUCUUGCUGGCCAAAGUUCAAGUUUUCUGUUCUCUGGUCUGGGUGAGUUGGCCGGGAAUGUGAUAGAGGGCGCUGGUCAACUAGUGGGUGAAACCGUCAACACGGCUGGCCAGAUCUUGGGAGGUACUGCCAAUCUGGCAGGUCAGGUUUUAGGAGGUACCGUAAACGCUGCAGGUCAGCUGACUGGUGGUGUGCUGCACGCGGCCGGCGACGUCAUCCAAGGCACGGCUAAUUUGGCUGGAGGUGUGGCCAACUUGGCUGGAGGUGUGGUCAACACAGCCCUCUGUGUCACCACCCUCGGGAUCCUUGGCUCGUGCAAGGGGCGUCCAGGCGGAGGACUGUCCCCCCUCCCCAUCCAAUGUAAAGCCCUAGCUGACGUGUACAUUGUGCUGGACGCCUCGUCUAGCAUCGGUGCCAGCAACUACAAGAAACAGCUGGCCUUCCUGGCCAACAUGGCCGCCUCCUUCAUCCACGGCGACAACGACGCGAGGUUUGCCGAGAUCUACUUCAGCGACAAGGCCCAGAAACAUUUUGACUUCAGUACCUACCCCGACCUCGCAUCAUUGCUCACUGCCAUCCUGUCGACGCCCUACCCUGGUGGUUCCACAGCAACAGACACGGCUCUAGACGCCAUCAACAACUUUGAUCUGUUUAGCGCCAAGUUUGGCGGCAGGGCCAAGGCUGGGGAUGUAAUCAUCGUGGUCACAGAUGGCAAAUCCAACAACCCCUCUGCUACUGAACGCGCCGCUGCUAGGCUGAGAGCUAAGGGUGUUACGAUCUUUGCCAUUGGUGUAGGCCAAACGUUCCUCGGUCUGAACAUCUUUGGCAACAGAAAUCACGAGCUGCUCAAACUGGCCAGUAGUCCAGACUACGUUUUCCUGGCCAACGACUACGACACGCUGGAGAACGUGCUUUAUCAGUUGGUGCAGAGGACAUGCAGGGCGACUGGUGGUAAAGAGAUUAUCCCGGGGCAACCUGAGGAGACGGAAUAUCCAGAGCCAGGUUGCACUGCUGUUGUUGACUUCCUGUUGGUGGUUGACUCCUCUGGCAGUAUCGGUCCCAAGAACUACCUGAAACUACUAGACUUUCUGCAGCAGCUGGUGUCACACUUUAAGGUUGGCACCCAGGACGUCCUGUUUGGAUGUGUCAUCUUCAGCAAUGUUGCCCAGAAAUAUUUUGAUCUGAAGGACAAUACGAACAUAAGAUCUCUCAAACUGGCUAUCCAGGCUAUGGGCUACCUGAACUCGACCACAAAGACCAACGAGGCCCUGGACCUCAUCACGUCAGCUGGCAUGUUUAGACCAGAGGCUGGUGCCAGAACCAGAGCCAAGAAAAUGGUUGCCGUCAUCACUGAUGGCUUGUCGGACAACCCGGCACUGACCAAGAUCUCAGCCACCAACCUGAAGAAGCAGGGUGUCGAGAUCAUCGCAGUGGGGAUCGGCAAGGCGGAAGAUGCCGAGUUGCGGGCCAUAGCCAGUGACUCCAGCAGUGUCUUUAAGACCAGCAACUUUGACGCCCUUAAGUCCAUUGUGGAUGACGUCACGAAUAAAGCCUGCUCUUGAUGUCUUAUAAGAUGAAAGGAUAAAAUCCAAUUAAUCAUCAGCAAGUGUGGCUGCACUACUUGAAUUAAAACAAGUUAAUCAA